AAUGCCACUGUCAAGAAUAUGUCCGCCGCUGCUCUGUGAAGCAGUGUACUUUGGAACGCGAACCCGAUCGAAGCCACGAUUCUCCGAGUCUGCAAGUUGUCGAGUGUAUCGUAUAUUGUUCGUAUGUUACGACGAGGGCAAGAGUCGUGCAAUCCGCGAUGGUGCGACUGUUGAGUUUUAUCGUGACCCUUGGUUAUCUGUACUGUGCGAACGGAGCAAGAUUGGAAGUUGCUUUUCAGUGGAAAUACUUGGAUUGGACCUGGCCGAAUGUUCACCUGACAGGAAGAAAUCAAACGCUGGGUAACGCGUUCACCCAGGACGUAGACGUCGAUAGAUACGGUCGUGUAUUCGUAACAAGUCCUCAGUGGUUGGAUGGUGUCCCGAUUAGCUUGUCGUUAAUAACGACUGCCUAUGGUUUGGGUGGUCCUUUGCUGACGCCAUAUCCUGAUUGGACCUGGCACACGCCGUACAGUUGUGACAGCAUAAUAUCUGUGUACAGGUUGGCGAUAGACGAAUGCAAUCGUUUAUGGGUUGUGGAUACUGGUCGCAUCGGAGGAAACGCCGUUUGUCCAACGAAAAUAUUGAUCUUCGAUCUUGCGAACGACCAGUUGGUUCAUAAAUACGUGGUUCCGGGUGAUCAAGUGAUAUUCGGGAAGGCAGCAUUAGUUACACCAAUCGUCGACGUCGGAAAAACGUGUCUCGAUACUUAUCUCUACGUGGCGGAUGUGAAUCAAAAUGGCCUACUGAUUUAUGACUUGUAUCACGAUUAUUCGUGGCGAGUAAACAACACGCGUGGCAAUGCUUUCGGCCCGGAUGACGAUGCCAUGAACAUCACGAUCGCUGGUGAAUCGUUCAAUUUAACCGAUGGCACUCUCGGAAUGUCAUUGUCUCCGUUUGGAUAUUUCGACGAAAGGUACCUCUAUUUCAAUUCGUUGGCCAGCUAUCGACAAAAGUUUACGGAUACGUACUCUUUAAAGCAAAGUAAAUACAACGAGCCGAUAGUGUUCGAAUCGAAUUAUAAGCGAGCGAGCCAAGCGGGUGUACAAGCAACGUCGCGAAGAGGCGUAAUAUUUUUCCAAUUAGUCCAAUUAACGGCGGUCGCUUGUUGGAACAUUGAGAAACCAUUUACACCGGAAAACGUCGUGGUAAUUGCUCAAGACGAGGCGACACUGCAGUACGUGAGUGGCAUCAAAGUAAUUACAAAUAGACAGGGCGAAGAAGAGUUGUGGUUCAACACAAACAGAUUACAAAAGACGAUAAAUAUGACCCUGAAACCAACCGAAACGAACUUUCGUAUAAUCAGAGGGAAAGUCGAUGAUAUUAUCAGAGGGACGAAUUGCGAACCUUCUGGCAUAAAACGUAAAUUUCCAGAUACCAACUUCUGGCACCGGAUAUAAAUCAGAUGAAUUUCAAAUCAGAAUCAUCUACUCUUACGUAAUGAUUGCAAAAUCAUAGGGGCGUCGAAGAUGUGCUUAAUCUGCUCUGCAAUGAGAUUUGUACAGAAUUGUAAAGCUCUUUGUACAGACGAUAUAAAAUAACUUUCGUCGU